CACCUAAAAGCAGUGUAGCAGCAGCGGCCUUCUACAAUGGUGGAUAACAAUUGUAUUAUCGAGGGAAACGUGAAAUUUCGCGACGGCAAAAAAUGGAAAUCACGAUGGUGUGUCAUGAGGAAAUUGUCACCAGUUGCAGAUUGUCUCCAUUUACAACUAUACGGAGAUAGCAAGGAUCGCUACAAGCAAGGCCAAACGAAAGCAUCCUUGAGCUUGCAACACUUUCUUGGUGUGCAGAGCGGUUUCACCCUCGACAAGGAGUCAAACACGAUCGCUAUAAUAUGUCAGGACGUUACCGUCGUCUUGGCCUUCGACACCAGGGAACGUUUGAUCCAAUGGCAAGUGAAGAUAUCGAACAACCUCGGCGAAGAUCAACAGUUCCUGAUACUGAUCUCCACGGUGCCCUCGAAGGCGAAGCUGACGAAUGGACCGGCCCAUUUACACAUUCAAGAUCGCCGCUUCUGUAUCACCGUCGGUAUACCACCCAGAUUGGUGGGCAUCUGGGAGAUCGCACAUCUUCGUCGUUACGGCGUUGUGGAAGGGAGAUUCUGCUUCGAGGGUGGCUCGAGAUGCGGUCGAGGGGAGGGUCUUCACGUGUUGAUCACGGAUCAAGGCGAGGACAUCGUAAAAAUGCUGCAACUGGCGGCCGAGGGAAAGCUGACGAAAAAGCGGCCGCUUAGCAGAGAGCAAAUAGCCCAGGACAGCCCGCGCCGUCAGUUUUCCCGUUCGGAGACAAGGGCCAGCGAUUUCUUCCCCUCGGCUGUUUACUCGUCGACGUACGAGGAGCAGUGCGACAGCUGCAAGAACGAGAGCUCCCCCUAUUGGUCGUCCGCGGAGAGCAGACAGCAAACCGAGCCUGACAGGGAUUACAGCAGCAGAGACACCAUCUCCGUCUCCGAAUUGCCGGACCAGCCGGGUGACUGGCGCAGCUGUUCGUUGACGCGUCAAGGCACGUCCGCUUUAGAGCGAUGCGCUAGCUGUAUCAGUAAAUUGGGCACCGUCUCUAAAUCGUCCACCUUGGUGACGACCACCGGCGUGAGCAGCAUGAGCAGUCCCGCCGGAACGAUGAACAAUCUUGGCUGUCAUUUACAACCCCGCACGUUGGAUCGGUUAUCGCUGUCCUCGUACAGCAGCAGCAGCCACGAUAGCGAUUUCUCCGGCUCCCAGCAGCAGAUAGAGUGCCAUUGUUCUCAAACAAAAAGCUCGCAACAGACAGCGAACGUUCAACGCGUGUCGCCUAGUCCCAGCGCGUUGCCGCCGAGACCACCGAAACCGUCCCAACAAAACACUGCCACGAAAAAGGCGAAAAAGCCACCGAUGCCACUGCCAAACGAACAGAUUUGCGUGCACUCGCGGAAACAGCAGCAACAGCUGGCCACCACACGUAACACUGCCAGCAUGGCUGUUGCUGCUGGACCGUACGAGAAUUACGAUAUACCUAAGACGAUCUUGGGCCAUCACAUGCUGCUCGAACAGGCUCCCCAACCUGAUCAGUAUUACGACACGCCAAGGAAAAUCAAAGAAUGCCUAGCACUGCCAAAAAAUUACCCUAAUUACGAUACGCCGCAGACUCCCCAGGCUGUGGUGUUGCAGCAAUGCGGCUGUCCGGCGAAGCUCACCGUUCAGUCGCCCAGAUCCUCCGUGUGUCCCUGUCAGAACGUUAUGAGCUGGGCUGGCUUUGUGUUGCCGUAUUGCAGACGGGGCGCGGGGAUCGAAUCGACGGGGGUGGCCGUCCACCCAGUGAAACUCUCAGGGGAGGGCAAGAUGCCUGUGGUGAACGCGAGCGGGGAAAUCGCGAUUUACGCGACCGCGAAGAGGAUGAACAAGUCGGCGACGACGGAAGGGAAGACCAAUCAAGACUGCGACUGCCUUCAAGAGAACCAGUCCAAUAACUACGAGAACGUCGAGCCGGUGAUCGACACUCAACCCGAGGCUAAACAGACGAAUUACGCGAACAUCGACUUCACGCAAUCUUUAGAGCAUUACGAGAACAGCAAGGAUCUAUUGACGAAGAGCGGAAUAUCACAGGAGGAGAUCGAGAAAUUCGCGGAUCAGAUCAAGGAGGAAACACCGGAAGCGAACACCGAGGAGACCAAGAUAUGCCAGAAAUGCGGUCACGUGAAAGACCGAGAAAACGAUUAUCUCGUGAUGGAUCCCGAGAAGCAAACGUCAAAAAAACCGUUCCCCGGUUACCUGCCCAUGCAGCCGGCGCAUAACGCCUGUUCCAAGGAGAUUCUGUCGAGAAUCUGCAGCGGUAUAAAAAGCUCGAGUAAUCCCGCAUUGUCCGGGUCAGCGAUGGCCGAGAGCGGAAAGAAGAGAUCCGACUCCGAGUUCCGUGUUCCUGGUUCAGCCAUGUUGUCUAGUCCGUAUCUGAAACGUCGUUACUUGGAUGGAAACGGUGCCGAGUCCAGCGGAAACAUUAGCCUACUCUUGAGGAAACGAUCCUACUCGGCGGAGUCCGCUCACUAUCUGGACGACGAGAACCACACGUUCCCGUCGACUUUAACGAUCCACAAGUGUUCCAGCGAGGCGGACAAGGCCACCCUGGUCCAAGGGGACGCUCACGUGACCUGUGUGAAUUCCGAGAUAAAAAUGAACCAGGACAGCGGACAGAUCUCGAUAGCCUCGCCGCAACCAUCUUUCAUCAAGAUACGACGAUCCUCUUCGGUGCCAUCCAAGACCGGUCACAACCGAGACUCUUCCAGUAGCAACGAUUCGGGCGUCUCGACCGGGUCCCUCAGUCAUCGGACAGCCGAAUUCGUCGAGUUCGAGCUGUCCUUAGCGCCGUCGACAUCUGGAACGAAGCAGAACGUUUUGUCGAUCUAUCGGAAGAGUCCACCGCCCACCUGUUACCACAGCAGUCUGCCAAGGAAGUCAAAGUCCAGCGAUCCACUACGGGAACUGUCGUUCCAGUUCCAGAAGAUCAAGAUACCCACGAAAUCCUCGUCGGCGGAAGCUGACAUACCCACGUGUCUGCCAAAGGGUACGAAAGGGUUCAACAGUCCGGGAGAAGUGUCCGGCGCACCUUACAUCGACUCGCGAAGCACCAGCAGCGGCACCUCCGAUAUGUCCGAUUACAUCGAGACCUUGUCGUUGUCGUCCCACUCGUCGUCCGAUACGCCAGACAGUCUGAGACUGGGUGGCAGAGCAGUGGCAACGACGCUUCGUCCGCGAAGCGGAAAAGAGUAUUACAAGAUCGACAGAAGUAUUCUUGUCGAGCAAGGAAGAACGUUGACAACCCCGGCCGCGAAUUACGCGAAUAUUACUCCGGUGCUCGAGAAAAGCGAGUCCCCGUCGCCCGGAUACAUGAGCAGCUCUCCGUUCGAACAACCGCAACCGACUCGCGAACACUUUUUGUUUCCCGAUGUAAGUGAGAAAUGAUAGGAGUCGAGGCUUCGAAUAUAAUCGCUCUCGCGGCGGCGGCUGUGCGUGCAUUCACGUAUCCCGGCCUGUUUCUUUCAGGAAGCUUAAGACACGGCAAGGAUUGUUUGGGAAGAGAGGAGGAAAACUUGAAGUUCCUAGGAAUUCCAAACAAAAAUCAGUAAGAGUAUUCACGUAGAAAUGAUAAACUUGGGGCAUCAUGACCGUUUCACACUAUACGCGGGUAUCCUAGCACUUGCCGCCCGAGCACGCUUCAUUCGGAGGCGGUGCAUUUAUAUCGAACUCCACGCAUUGAAUCAUAUUAUACGGUCGUUCCGUCAGACUGAGGAUAGGCGGAAAGAGAUCCGAAACGGUCCACGAUCCGAGGACCACAAAUGAGCCACGGCAGAGUCGUCUCUUCUGAUUUCCUUUAACGCCUAUCGCAACCACGAUGUCUUCUUCUCUCUCACACACACAUACACGUGACUC